GAAGAAGAAGAAGAAGAAGAAGAGGCAGUCCACUCUGUCCUAUACGCGCACCUCCUCGAAAUCCGAACCGAAGCACUUCAAAGAGCUGGAACAGUCGGUGGAAUCUACAACUCUGCGAUUAACCUGCGUACAAAGGCAUAUUAAGGACAAGAGAAGACAGCGAGUUGGACAGCUGCUCUGCUUUGCAUUCGAAUUUUGCAUUCGAAUUUGCAGCGUGUGUGUGUAUGCGAAGCGGAAGGAUCCGCUGAAAAUUCUGCAAAAGCUUGGCGCGAAAAUUCUGCAGCCCCGGCUGCAGACAACGACACUCGUUUGAUUUCCUUUUGUCUUGCGCUGUUUUAAAGUCCUUCGGCAGAUUCUGCUUGCAGGUCCUGCCUUAGGCACGGGGUUUCCCCUAAGGUUAAAGAAUACCGAAAGAAUUUGAUUGUAAAUAGAUCUACUGCCUUGCUUGCAAGGCCGUCCUACAUAGUUAUAGACUCCAAAAGGACGUAAAUGG